GGGGGGGAAUUUACCUAUAAAUUGCCGUGUGAGAUGUCGGGGGCUUCACUUUUGGUCUUGCCGCCGUCACCGCAUGUUCCAGUUCAAGCUUCGUUGCGACUCCUUCCGUUUCUACAACUCCAGCAGCUUGGUAAGUACAACUUCACCCUAAAUUUUCAACUUUGAAAUUUUUUCCGCAGAUUUUUUCAACUUUGAAAAUUUUUCCGUAAAUUUUCAACUUUGUAAAUUUUUUUCCGUAAAUUUUUAACUUUGUAAAUCUUUUCAACUUUGAGAAAUUUUUUCCGUAGAUUUUAAACUUUGAAAUUUCUCCAGUCUCUCUUGCCUGUGUACCCGCUGCGUCCUUCACCCAGUGUGUGUAGCAGCUGUAGUGAAGGUUGCUGCUGAGCCAGCUAGUACAUGACACCGCACCUCCCGCGCAGCUGGGUAGAGGGGCAAGGACGCGGGAGAAAAAAAAAUGUCUUGCGUGCGCGUUCCUUUCUCGGCUCACGAGUUUCGAUGUGCAAACAAGAAUUAAACGUAGUAGUCAUCUUGGAAUUACGUCUGAAAAGAAUAUUAUUUGAUUGUAAACGUAAUCAUUGCAGCGAGAUUAGUUUCAGUGAACGAAAUCUAUUCGGGUUAUUAGUUUUACAGUUGACAUCUUUGAAAUGACAUGUACAUCAGUUGAAUUUGUAACGUGUAAUUAGGUUCACGACUAUGUAUGAUUAAAAUAAACUACUUGUCACGUUAGUUCCGAAGCGUGUAAAUUAGGAUAGAUUCACGUUUGUGUUUGUAUGAAAAAGUGUUAGCAACCUAAAUUACUUUUUUCCGUGUCGAAAUUAUUAGUGUCAUCAGUUGCAGUAUUUGUUUUAUUUUAAAAUAACAUUUUUUCCUGGCAUACAUGUUUGUUCUUAUUCAUGCACGUACGACUUAGCUUGAAACAAGAUAGAUGACGUACGAGAGAGAUAGAGGACUGGCAGGAGCUCCGUGCAGCUUGAGUUGUCGUGAUGAAAUGGCGGCUUGCGCGGGUGGGGGGAAUCGCGCGCUCUCCCUCCCUCCCUCCGGCCCCUCACCCCGCACACGGAGCGCUCGCGUCCUUACGCUGCAUAUGUCCACUAGCUGACGUAAUUCCUACCCGUGUCGCAUGGCGCGCUCGAAAUCCCUGACGUGCUAAAUGAUUACACUCGUAGUUUAUAUUAUUAUUUACAGUGGCAAAAAAAUAAUAAUGAAGUUAUUUCGAUAAAUAGAGCCUUGGUAAUGUUACAUUUAAAGUUUACGAUUUUUUUUACAAAAGAGUUCAUUUACCAAUAUUAAUAACAGUAACUUAUAAUUUUUUACUGCUAAAUGAAAAAAAGUAUAGAAAUAAGCACAUGCUACCUAUCCGAAGACGCAUAACACGAGCAUUUUCAUUACUUCUACAAUUACUUAUCAUAGUAUGCAUGUGUUCCAGGUAUUCAGUGCUUCUCCCUGCGUCGAGCUACUCCCCAGUGUGAUCCGCUUGGAGAACGCCUGUCUGCCCUCUGGAGUUCCGUGUAGUUCUGUCGAGUUUCCGGUUCCUGCGACCAGCGUGUGCUGCACGACGUUCCGGCCCUCCUCGUUGUACGUGCGUGCAGUGCACCCAGAGACGUUCCUGUGUUCGUCUGACGUCAUCAUGAAGAGGACUUUGACUGGGGUUCCCGCGUCAGCCGGCCAGCCCUCGACCACGGGAGCCGUCCAGCCCUCGACCUCGGGGACCAGCCAGCUUGUGUCAUCUCAGGUAUGUGCACCGUCAUCAGGGAAUGGGUGUGCAUACUGUGGCAAGUUCUUUACAAAUACUCGUAAUGCCAGACAGCAUGAGCGUGCGUGCCAGGCGAAUCCCGGCUGUACUACCGGAAGCCAAUGCCAUACUUGCGGCAAGACAAUAAGCCGCAAAGACAGUUUGGCCCGCCACAUUCGAACUUGUGGGGGCACCGUCGAGCAAAGCUCAGGCUCGAGGUGCAUUCACUGCGGGCAACAUUUCAAACAUAGCUAUGAUGCCAGACGCCACGAAAAGAGCCAGUGCCUGUUAAAUCCUGGCCGUAUGAGCUAUACAUGCGUAAAGUGCCAGGGCGAAUUCACACGUAAAGAUAAUUUACUGACACACAUCAAGACGUGCAAGGGCCUGGCUUCUCAGGCCGCUAAGAGACGGCGUACGGACGAUCCCUCUGGCCUGCAACAGCCCGGCCCCAGCACUCGCCCGCAAUACGUGGCGAGUGUGCCCGACCAGGCACAGCGAGACUUGGAGGCGCAAGCGCCUGACCAGGCUCAGGUUGACUUGGAGGCAGGCGGUUCCGGGUUUGUUGAGGCGGAGAGUGCGUUCCGCAGAAAUUUGAAAACGUUAGUGGCAGUGAACAUUGGUGCGACCAAAGAUAUUUGCACGUACCUGGGCGAAAUGAAAAAUAAUUUGAUCGAUCGCAUUUUCCAGGAAGUACGUGAAAAUGGCCCAGUAAAGUUCAAUGUAUGGCUUGAAUGUGAUUAUGCCAAGCCCGCUCCCUUCGAUGAAGGUGUAGACAAGAGGGCAUUCAAGACAAAGAAUAUACCUAUCUAUGAAGAGAGCGACAUUGAAGAGUCAGUAACGGAAUGUAUUGAGAAAAUAUGUAGGGAGGAAGACGAAUAUGUCAGCAAAGGCUCGGGGUGGACUCUGUCUGCAGUGAGGAAAAUUCAGCUACGUUUCAACAAGUUAGUACCACUGAGAGUCUCCUCCUACAUUGACCUACCAUCCACAAUCAAGAACAGGAAAGCAUGUAUAAAUCCCAUGAACCUGGAAGAUAACGAGUGUUUCAAGUGGGCCAUACUGGCGCGGUACGUGGAGGGGGAGAAUCCACGCCGAGUCGACCAUCGAUACCGUGAGCUUCAAGGUUAAUUUUAUUUUUCAGGACUGGAGUUCCCCACCCCCCUCCUCCAAAUCAAAGUGUUUGAGAGGAACAAUCUCGAAGUGUCUGUCAACAUCUACAGCAUCGAUGAGAACGACAAGAUCGCGCCAGUGUGUGUGGGGAAGGAAGAAAAGCAACACCAUUUCGACCUCCUCAUGCUGACGUCCGAAGAUAAGAACUCGCACUUUUGUUACAUAAAAAAUUUCUCAAGACUCGGCAGGUCCCAAAUCACCGCCCACACAGAAAAAAUUCAUCUGUGUAAAAGAUGUUUUACGUACUAUCACGAUUUGCCACGAGAUUCAGGACUGACAGGGCAGCAGUGUCUCGACGCGCACAAGAUAUUCUGCAGCACCCAUGCUCCUGUGCGCGUCGAGAUGCCUAAAGCCGACAAGAACAGCAAGCCGCCUGUCCUGGAAUUUAAAAACUUCCACCACAUGUCAAAGAUGCCCAUCGUCGUUUACGCAGACUUUGAGGCAAUGCUCGUGCCCAUCUCAUCAUGCCAGCCAGACCCCCAGCAAUCGAGCACACAGGCCUACCAGAAGCACGAAGCCUUUAGUUACUGUAUAUAUGUCAAGGUAGAUAAUGAAGUGAUCCCAGCCACACUCACCACCUCGCUGCCGCAAGAGCCGAUUCUGUACAGGGGUCCCGAUGCUGAGGCAAAAUUCGUGGAGACCAUUGUUGACAUUGGUAAAAAGGUGAAAGAUAUAUACGAGACCAGCCUGCCAAUGACGUCGCUGACGACUCAAGAAUAUGUCAGCUUCGUCGCAGCCCAUCAGUGCUGCUACUGCAACAAGGUCUUCACAUCCGACAACCGCAAGGUCAGAGACCACGACCAUUUUAGUGGUAAGUACCUUGGUGCCGCCUGCAACAGCUGCAAUCUCCUGCGCAGGCGGCCCAAGAAGCUUGUUGUGUACUUCCACAACCUCAGCUACGACGAAAAGUUUAUCAUCAAGAAACUGGGCUACGACAACAAGGAAAUAUUUAUUAUUCCCCACACGCAAGAGAAAAUGAUUACAUUCUCUAAGAAUCUGGGCAACAAAUUUUCAGUGCAGUUUAUCGAUACAUUCAGGUUCAUGGCACGAAGUUUGGCGUCCCUCGCGUCGUACCUGCCAGCCGACAAAUUCGUUGAAACAUCAAAAUUCUUCACCCAAAAUGAAUUGAAUCUUGUAACAAGAAAAGGUGUGUUCCCCUACGACUACGUGACCUGCUGGGAAAAACUUGACGAGCCACAACUGCCUGCGAAAGAGGAGUUUUACAAUAUAUUAAAUGACAGCCAUAUAAGCGAUGCAGAAUACAGUCAUGCGCAGGCAGUGUGGAGCGAGUUCGGCUGCGUGACCCUGGGCGAAUACAGCGACGUCUACCUCAAGACGGACGUGCUGCUGCUGACGGAUGUGUUCGAAAACUUUCGACAGCUCUGCCUCAAGACCUACGGCAUCGACUGCAGCCACUACGUCAGCGCGCCAGGGUUCACGUUCGACGCAAUGCUAAAGCAUACAAAGGUACAGCUGGAGUUGAUGACAGACUACGACAUGCACAUGUUCGUCGAAGCUGGGAUCAGGGGCGGGGUUGCUCAAGUGGUCAAGCGCCACUGUAAGGCCAACAACGUCUGCCUUCCCUGCACCUACGAUCCCAGCCAGUCAUAA